CUCCCCUCUCUACAGUUUUGCAGGACUAGUUAGUGGGGAGGGUCCCGGCUCUGGUAUCUAGAAGCCUUGGGACACAGCACUUCAGGCAGCCAAGAGUUCAGCAAGUGACAGGCAAGAAGCAAACUGCAAGAGCCAAAGAACACUAAGAAGUAUAAGAGACACGACGGGUGUGCGCAGAAGGAGACUGCUCCACAGCACCGAGACUGGUCCCCUCCUGAGAGAGGAAAUGGAGGGGAAAUCAGCGGAGAGCGGCACAGCGGAGGAAUCAGCGCCACCGUCAGUUGCUAAACUUGCCGGCAUAUUUGGGGACAAGGUGAACAGCCCCAGGAAAGAGGUUCCACCACCUAAACCCACUCGAAGGAAACCGCCGUGCUCCCUGCCAUUACCUAAACCCACAGUCACCAAUAAUGGGGAUGAGAAGAUGUCUCCUUCUCAGCCCCAGAUGCCUAAGAUCAAGGUGAAGAGUUCUCCUCUUAUAGAGAAACUUCAGGCUAAUUUGGCCUUCCCUCCUGCUGCAUUUUUCCCGGGAGUUUCCCCCAAGAGCCCCGGACUGAAAGCCAUGGCCUCUCCAUUUAACAGUCCGCCGUCAACGCCGAGCAGUCCUGGUAUCCAUUCCCAUUCCAGCGAAUCAGAGGAGACGCCAGUCAGCUUUGAACAACCACCAGAGGGCGCUCAUCUCCAGAGCUACACCAAGGUCCGUACAAGAGGCUCAAUAAAACGAAGGCCACCGAGCAGAAGUUUUAGAAAAUCCCAAACUGAUAUGGACUUUGAUAUUGACAAAAUGAACACAACAGUGAGAGAAAAUGGGGAUAAGACAGCAGACGGGGACGGUGAGCCAGGGUGGAGGGAUAAACAAGACCAGUGUAACACAGAGUCAGCGCAAGAGACAGGCAGCACGCUAUCCGACUCAGCGGACAAGUUACCCAGGAGCCAAGAGAGUGACCGAGACAAGACUGAGAAACACCAGCAUGUCGGGGAGAUACAGAGCGAGGGCAUAUUAGAGCAGCAGACGGGGGAACCGGACAGUGACCAGGCAGAGAAACCCAACAGAGAGCAGGGGCAACUGGACACAAAUGAAACGGACGCACAGGUCGCCAAAGAGGAAGAUAUUACAAUACACAUAGAGAAGAGCAGUGUGGAGACAAGUGAGGAUGAGAAGAAGGACGGGAGCAGUGAGCACAGUAAAUCUGAUGGGGAUGAUAAACCUGAAAAGUGAUGGAACACGACCAGCCGAGGAUUACAGGCCAUGACUGGGACAACUCAGGACUCUGGGCGGCGCCUUGACCCAGCGCAGCGGACCCGUGGCAGAUUCCUGCAGAUACACCGGCACCUUACAGACUAGUUAAAGUACAUUAUGUAAACGGUGUGUGUUCAUAUCACUGUGAGGACAUUACCCCAUGGCGGGGAGAAGAUCUCAUUAUGUGACCUCUCUCGUGUUUCAUUAAGCAGUGUUACAGCCCAUAUCAUUAUUUAGACCAUGUUUAUGAGAUGUGAUACAUAUAUGUGGCCACGUUCACCCAUGCACAUACUGUGUUUGUUCCUUUUCAGCUCCCGUCUUAUAUACAGCUCUUUGUUGUAGAAGUUCUGUACUAUAUGUCCGUCAUCCUGUCUAUUGUCCGUCGUCUGCAGGCUGUAACCUGGGGCCACCGCUAUAUUGUAGAUUUACACUAGAUACACACAAGAUUGCAUAUCAACCGAGGGAGAGUCAUAGCGAUAAGACUUACUGCCACAUGACAGGCCUGUGACCCAUGGCAUCCAGUCAUAUGCUAGCUUUUAUUAGUUUAAGUAAUAAAAUAUUCAAAGUGAUUAUCUGUUUGGCUGCCAUGAGAUACACAGUCUGUGAUAUGUGCAUCCUGUUAUUUCAUGAUCUAGUGAGUGUUUGUCUCCCUCUAAUGGUGAAGCGUCAGUAGCUCACCCAGAGCUGUAGUUAACAUACAGUGGGGGUAAUUCCAAGUUGAUCACAGCAGGAAUUCUGUUAGCAAUUGGGCAAAACCAUGUGCACUGCAGGGGAGGCAGAUAUAACAUGUGCAGAGAGAGUUAGAUUUGGGUGUGGUGUGUUCAAUUUGCAAUCUAAUUUGCAGUGUAAAAAUAAAGCAGCCAGUAUUUACUCUGCACAGAAACAAAAUAACCCACCCAAAUCUAACUCUCUCUGCACAUGUUAUAUCUGCCACACCUGCAGUGCACAUGGUUUUGCCCAACUGCUAAAAAAUUUCCUUCUGCGAUCAACUUGGAAUUACCCCCAAUAUAACAUAACUAUGGGCUAAUGCCUAGGAUGCCGCUGUUUAAGGGGCAGCAUAAUUAGUUUUCAUUACAGUUUUCCUCAUCAUUGUAUUUAUGUUCUUGCUAUUUGGUCUGCACCAACCACUUUUCAGUAAAAAAUCAACCAUCAUAAAAAUUAUAUAUAAUAAAAAAAAACAUUUAUUGCUAAUGAAGACAUAUAAUUAUGAGUUUAUGAAAGCUUAAGACUAUUAGCAAAUUAUUAUUUUUACAUUUUGUAUAAAACUCUAUUAUUAUACUUACAAUCAGGGGUGUAUUUAAAGUGUUUGGUCCUUGUAGCAAAAUUGUGAUAGGGUUCUCCACACACCAUACCAUAAACACUGCAAGGUCUGCUCCACCCUCAGUCUAUACCCCAAAGAACAGAGAAAACAUUUAAUUAGAAGCAAUCUGACACAUUAGUCUGAAUUAUGUAUGCAGUCAUUUCAUCCUCAUUAUUUUAUACAUCCUAUAACUCCACACAGUUCCAAAAACAGUAUUUGGAGAGUAACCCGUACCAAGAUUAUAUUGAUUCACAUAUAUGUCAGUGUUGGGGGUACCCUAUUUAUAUUUCUCUAACGUCCUAGUGGAUGCUGGGGACUCCGUAAGGACCAUGGGGAAUAGACGGACUACGCAGGAGACAUGGGCACUUUAAGAAAGAAUUUAGAUUCUGGUGUGCUCUGGCUCCUCCCUCUAUGUCCCUCCUCCAGACCUCAGUUUGAAUCUGUGCCCGGACGAGCUGGGUGCUGUUCAGUGAGCUCUCCUGAGCUUGCUGUAAGAAAGUAUUUUGUUAGGUUUUUUAUUUUCUGGGAGCUCUGCUGGCAACAGACUCCCUGCAUCGUGGGACUGAGGGGAGAGAAGCAGCCCUACUCUCUGAAGCUAGGUCCUGCUUCUUAGGCUACUGGACACCAUUAGCUCCAGAGGGAUCGUACACAGGAUCUCACCCUCGUCAUCCGAUCCCAGAGCCGCGCCGCCGUUCCCCUUGCAGAGCCGGAAGACAGAAGCCGGGUGAGUAUGAGAAGCAAAGAAGACUUCGAAAUCGGCGGCAGAAGACUCCGUUCUUCACAUGAGGUAACGCACAGCACUGCAGCUGUGCGCCAUUGCUCCAUACACACCUCACAUACUCCGGUCACUGUAAGGGUGCAGGGCGCAGGGGGG